CGUGCGAGCCGCGAGCGCGAGAUCAUCAAACUGAGAAAGUCGGACUGCGACUCGAAACUGAAAUUGAAACUGAAAGAAAGAAAUAUUCGAAUUGUCGUGUGUGUGGGUGCAAGCAGGGAAUAUAUCUCAAGAAUAUCUGAAUACAAGCUCCUGGAUUUACGAGCAGCAAAACUAAGUUACCAAUGUGCGAGCCGAAAAAAGCGAGUGAAAAACGUGCGAAUAUGCCAGCUAACUAAAGACAUUUGGAUUACAAGAAACCGACGCAUUUUGGAUUAUAAACAUUGCGACAGGCAGAAAGACCUAAGAAUUUCUUCAACGGCGCCAGCAUGGAGACCCCAACACAGAAUGUAAACGAAACCACGGUGGAUUUGGGCCAGGAAAAGGAGAAGGAGGCGGCGCAGGAGGAGGAGCAUGCCACCGCCGCCAAGGAGACCAUCAUUGACAUUCCCGCCGCGUGCUCCAGUUCCUCCAACUCCUCGUCCUACGACACCGAUUGCAGCACGGCCAGCAGCACCUGCUGCACCCGCCAGGGCGAGCACAUCUACAUGCAACGGGAGGCCAUCCCGGCCACGCCCCUUCCGGAGUCGGAGGAUCUGGGCCUGCUGAAGUACGUCCACCGCCAGCACUGGCCCUGGUUCAUCCUAGUGAUCUCCAUCAUUGAGAUUGCCAUCUUCGCCUACGACCGCUACACAAUGCCCGCCCAGAACUUCGGGCUCCCCGUUCCGAUUCCGUCGGAUUCGGUGCUGGUCUAUCGGCCGGACAGGCGGCUGCAGGUGUGGCGCUUCUUCAGCUACAUGUUCCUGCACGCCAACUGGUUCCACCUGGGCUUCAACAUCGUCAUCCAGCUGUUCUUCGGCAUUCCCCUGGAGGUGAUGCACGGCACGGCCAGGAUCGGCGUGAUCUACAUGGCGGGCGUUUUCGCCGGAUCCCUGGGCACCAGUGUCGUCGACUCGGAGGUCUUCCUGGUGGGCGCCAGCGGUGGCGUCUAUGCCCUGUUGGCCGCUCAUCUGGCCAACAUCACACUGAACUAUGCGCACAUGAAGAGCGCAUCCACGCAGCUCGGAUCAGUUGUCAUCUUUGUCUCCUGCGAUCUGGGCUAUGCUCUCUACACCCAAUACUUCGAUGGUAGCGCCUUCGCCAAGGGUCCCCAGGUGUCGUACAUUGCCCACCUGACGGGAGCCCUGGCAGGACUCACGAUCGGCUUCCUGGUGCUGAAGAACUUCGGUCACCGGGAGUACGAGCAGCUCAUCUGGUGGCUGGCAUUGGGCGUCUACUGUGCCUUCACCGUCUUCGCCAUCGUGUUCAACCUGAUCAACACGGUGACCGCCCAGCUGAUGGAGGAGCAGGGCGAGGUGAUCACCCAGCAUCUGCUGCACGACCUGGGAGUGUCCUAAGUGCGAGGAUCGGAAGCGUCAUCAGCAUGCUCGCAGGGAUUCGGACUCUGCUUGAGCUUCAGGAGAGAUCGAGGGACAGAGAGUUGGUGGAAAAGAAAAGUUCACUCAACGAUUUAGUUCAAAACUAAUUCGAUAUUCGUUUGGCUUUUGCUUUUCGUUAGCAUUAUCGUUAUCGUUACCGUUUGCAGUUAAACGUUUCAGUUCCGAAACAUAGUACACAAACUCAAAAACAAAGUAAGGGAAAUACACUGGAAAAAAUGCGAGGAGUGAGGAGAACAUAAACCGAAGCCGAAACGUGUAAACAAAUGUUGUGAUAGAACCAAAGACUGAAUUUAUUUCGCGUGUAAAAACAAAGUAAAAAUCAAGAUGAAAAUCAGGAGGAGAAACAGAACUAAUCGCCUCUCGCUAUGAUUUAAAUGAACCAAUUAUCCAUGUUUUCAAUUAAUGGUUUGCCUGUUUUCUUAAAUUAUGUAUUUAUUGGCCGCAAUUACUCCAAAAGAAUCGAAUCGAAUCGAAGCAUCAGCAAACUGUAUCAAACUGUUUAUA